AUGUCUUUUCUUCCCAAGGAAGCAGUAACGCUAACAGGCGGCUGUUAUUGCGAAGCCAUUCGCUACACGAUCAAAGUACCGUCGUGGGAAAACAGGCCUCCUGUCCCUGGGGCUCUCGACACUCCCAUCUCAGCCACCGAAACGGUUCAGACCCGGAUUCCCAUCAUCGACAUUGACCACUGUAACAAUUGUCGGAAGACAUCCGGUGCCAUGGUACAGUGUUGGUUCAUUUGUCCUGUAGGAUGGUUUGAAUGGGAUAUCCUGUCCAGAGAGUCAUCAGGCGAGACUUUUCAUUUAUCAACCAUUGAAGCCGUCGGUCCUCCCAGUGGCAAUAGCCCAUCAACCUUUGUGACACGCUUCAAUGCCUCUGAUCGAGCAACCAGGACCUUCUGCUCGAGAUGCGGGACCACCUUAACAUAUGUAUCCCAUCAGCGGAUCGGAACUCCUGAGGCGAUCGUUGACGUUACAGUUGGAAGUUUGGAUCUCGAGAGUCUAAAAUUGGCAAAGCCUGACCGGCAUGGCUGGUGGACGUACGGAGUUGAAUGGAUUCAGAACCUUCUGACCAAAGGUGACGGAGGCUUCUUGCUCAAACACGCGAACUCGGACAUGUCAAAGUCUAUUGACGGUUGAUCCCACAACAAUGUACGAUGCACAGGGAAGGACUGCUUCAUGCGUCGAGACGGGUUUGAAGAAAUUCGGAAUGGUGGUGGCGAGUCACGUCCAUAAUCUAGCUCCGGAGAACAUUGUUAGCUGUCCGUCGAGCAGGGCCC